CAUUUCGGUGUUAACGUGCCCGCAAUCAUGGCGUGUUGUUUGGUGUCGUGGCUGCUUUAUACGGCCGUUUCAUGGCUCGUGGCAUUUGCUGCGUGGUUUAAGCUAGCCGACGCCGACCUGACGCUUCUGUUCAAGUCAAAGUUCGGACGUUCGAUAGCAACCCUGAGAGGAAAAGUAAUAUGGAUCACAGGAGCAUCAAGUGGCAUUGGCGAGUACCUUUCAUAUGAGCUGGCCAAAGUCGGAUCACGUGUAAUCCUCUCUGGCACGAACUUGGAGAACCUAGAGCUCGUAAAAAACAACUGCAUUGAGUUUGGGAAAGACAAAGGGACGGAAGUCCUUGUUCUCCCAUUCAGCAUUUGCGACUUCUCGUCACACAGCGAGCAGCUUCAGAAGGUCCUGGACCAUUUUGGCAAGUUGGAUGUCCUGGUUAACAAUGCUGGCCGUAGCCAGCGAGCCCUGUUUGAGGAGAUUUCUGUUGAGGUGGACAAAGAGAUGUUUGACUGCAAUGUCUUCGGUGCCGUAUCUCUUACGCGGUGUGUUGUAAAGUAUUUUAAGGAAAACGGCGUGCAAGGUCAUAUUGUGGUCACCAGCAGCACAGCUGGAAGAGCUGGUUUACCUUUCUCAGCCACCUACAUUGGUUGCAAGCAUGCACUGCAGGGCUACUAUGAGUGCUUGCGCAUGGAAGGUGUGAUCCUGGGAGGCUUACAUGUCACCAUCACCUGUCCGGGGCCUGUAUUCUCGCGUAUCCGGGAGCGUGCACUUACUGCCACCCCUGGCAAGCUGUACAACAAGAAGGACACGCCUAAUGCUCGACUCAUGCCCACCGAACGCUGCGCUCAGCUCAUCGCUGUUGCCAUAGCCAAUAAGAUGGACGAAGUCUGGAUUUCCCAGAAUCCCAUACUGCUCCUCGUUUAUUUGGCACAGUAUAUGCCAUCCAUAUUCAGAAACUAUGUUGUGAAGUUGCUGUUCACAGAGGAUAGGGUGAGGAAGAUGAGGGAGGGCCAGUAGAGUCGCCGAAACAUUCCCGUGGCUGGUUGUUGAAUAGUUGCCCAUAUGCUUGUCAAGUGACCUUGUUUUUCAAUACACUUUUCCUUGUGCUCUUGUAUCAACAUUGAAGCACAGCACAUCGGGAGCAUGCGGAAGCACUCUGCAGGUACAAAGCAUGUUGAUCAAGCUUAAUUUAAAGUGGGGGCCUGUGAAUAAGCGUAGUAUAUGUACAGUUAGAUGCUGUGUGCCCCUGUUUUGGCAAUGUUAUGAACCUGGUAACUUCACGAGGACAGUCUUUCGUUGCCACGCAGUUUGUAUUAAUAUGACUGAUAUUGUUGCUAAGAUACCUGUUUGUAUACACAAUAAAAUGUAGAGUUUAUAACCACAUUUUGCUGGCUCUGUGUUCUCUAUUGUAUAUUUGGCAGAAUUGUGGAGUACUUUCAGCACUUUCUAAAUGCAUGUUAACAACUCUUACAGUGCCAACCACUAAAAAAUAUAAUGUUGCACUA